AUGGAGGAGUGGAUGAAACUCACCAUAAUCUUUUCAUCCUCGGAGGCACCAGAAGGAGGAUACAGCCACAAUGAUCCUCUAGUGGUCACGAUGGCCAUCGCACUCCCCGAACAUGAGGACGAGGAAGCAAAAAACAAAGCACUACCAUGGGAAAUGCCCAAAAUCCUAAUUGAUGGUGGCAGCUCUGUGGAGAUAUUGUUCUAUGAAAUAUUCAAACAAAUGGGCCUCAAAAACGAAUGCCUCAUACCCUCUACUUACAACAUAUUUGGCUUUAACGGGUCAUCAACUCGUCCAAGAGGAGAGAUAACAUUAAAAAUCCGGGUGGGAAGAAUCCUUACCGUAACCACUUUCUGUGUGGUAGACGUGAUAUCACCCUACACAGCCAUUGUGGGACGAUCCUGGAUCCAUGGAAUCAAGGGGGUGGCCUCCAGUUACCAUCAAAGGCUAAGAUUCCCAACACCUGACGGAGUAGCAGAAAUCAUUGGAGACUCUGGCGUGGUAAAAUAUUGCUACAAGAUGGAGGUCCAAAACGGCGAGAAUAACAUAAACUCCCCAAAAGCACAGGCAAGGAGAGCUAGAGACAUCGAUAAUUCAAUUGAAUCCCAUGACUACAUGGAAAUAAACGAUGCACCAAGACACUUGUCUAACACUCCAGCCUCGUGCAACACCAUAACCUCUGGACAGACUACACGACCCUUAUAG